CCCUCUCCGCCAUCUUCCCCACUCUUCCCACUCCCUCCACGCCUUCUGCCCAUCUCUCCGCUGUCCGCUUCCGAGUUCGGAGCGCCGAUCCAUGGCCGAGGAGACCAAAUCCGACUCGACGGAGGCCCCCGCCGCCUCCGCCGAGGUCGUCGUCCCGGAGGUUGCGGCUCUGGAGAAGGAGGUGGUUGGUGAAGAACCGCCGCCGGUCGCUGAGCCCGUCGAUGAGGGGAUGAAACCGGUGAAGAACUCAGCUUUGGAGGUCGCGCUCGCCGCUGAGGCCGCCGCCGAGGCGGAGGAGAAGAAGGCGGCCGCCGGGGACCUCCAAGAUGUCUCCUUUAAGGAGGAGGGUAACGUUGUUUCGGAGAUUGAAGAUCCUGAGAAGAAAGCGCUGGAGGAGCUCAAGCUUCUCGUCCAAGCGGCGCUAGAUAAUAACGAGUUUAGUCCUCCGCCUCCUGUCGUCUCUGUUCCUCCGACUGGUAAGGCGGAAGGUGAAGCUGCUCCUGUACCAGAGGAGGAUCCGCCGAAUACUGUGGCGUCGAAGGAGGGCAAAGUUGAAGGAGAUACUGAGGAGGAGGCCCUGAAGGUCGUGGAAGCGGAGGAGACCAAAGAUGGAGGCGAAUCUGCAAACGUGCCAGCAGAAGAGGCUGUGGUAACAGAGGAGGCUAAGGUGGAAGAGCCCCUGAAGGCUGUGGUGGUAGAGGACCCGACCGCACCGUCCGAGGAAGAAGAGGCCGAGAAACUGACGCCUCCUGCUGCGGAAGAGAAGGCGGUUCUGACGGAUGAGGAUGGUGCCAAAACCCUUGAAGCCAUAGAGGAAACCGUCGUGCCCGUUGCUGUUCCACCUCUCGCGGAGACCGAGACGCCGGCGGCGGAAGCGCCGAAGGCGGAGAAGGAAGAGGAAAAAGCUGCAACUCCUCCCACCGCAUCGACUGCGCCAGCGCCGGAGAAAGUCGCCAUUUGGGGCGUGCCGCUCCUAGGCGACGAGAGGAGCGACACCGUCCUCCUCAAGUUCCUUCGCGCCCGCGACUUCAAGGUGAAGGAAGCCAUGGCCAUGCUCAAGAACGCCGUGCUCUGGCGCAAGGAGUUCGACAUCGAGGCACUCCUCGAAGAGGACCUCGGCGUCCCCGAGUUGGAGAAGGUCGUGUUUAUGCACGGCGUCGACAAAGAGGGCCAUCCCGUCUGCUACAACGUCUACGGCGAGUUCCAAAACAAGGAUCUUUACGCCGCCGCCUUCGCCGACGAGAAGAAGAGGAAGAGGUUCUUGAGGUGGCGAAUCCAGUACCUGGAGAAGGGUAUAAGAAACUCACUCGACUUCAAUCCGGAAGGGGUUUCCACCAUGGUGCAGGUCACUGAUCUCAAGAACUCGAUCGGCCUCGCGAAGAAGGAGCUCCGCCAAGCUCUCGACUUGCUCCAAGACAACUAUCCCGAGUUCGCAGCCAAACAGGUGUUCAUCAAUGUGCCAUGGUGGUAUCUGGCGUUCAACAGGAUGAUUAGCCCAUUCUUUACACAAAGAACAAAGAGCAAGUUUGUUUUUGCAGGGCCAUCUAAAUCAGCUAAGACUCUCAUCAAAUGCAUUGCUCCUGAGCAAAUUCCUGUUCAAUUUGGAGGCCUGAGCAAGGAGAACGAUCCAGAUUUCAGUAUUGCUGAUGCUGUUACAGAGGUCACCAUUAAGCCAUCAACCAAACAUGUCAUUGAAAUUCCAGUAAUUGAGCCUCACCUCCUUGUUUGGGAGCUUCGAGUUCUCGGUUCGGACGUCACUUACGGAGCUGAAUUCGUGCCAAAUGCAGACGACGGAUACACCGUCAUAGUUCAGAAGUCAUGGAAGUUGAUCUCCACUGAUGAGCCAGUGGUGAAGGAUAGUUUCAAGAUUGGAGAAGCUGGCAAAGUGGUUCUCACACUGGACAACUCCACCUCCAGAAAGAAAAAACUCCUCUACAGGUACAAGAUCAAGAGCCUCUACUGAUUCCAAUUCAAGGACCACCCUAAAAUGAAUGCUUUGAAAUCACACAUCUAAUGCUGAUCACAUGUUUGAGUCUACCUGUUUAACCUAUUUUUAGUUCAUCUUCUGAGUAGUUUGUCUGGUGCCAGUGGAUUCAUGUUAUUCAUUUUUGUGAAGAUAGGUACUACUACUUUUGAUAUCAUGUAAAUUUAAAUUAAAUUGUGUACAUUUUGGCUGUCAUAUGAUUGUUUACAAUUGGACUCA